AUUUAUGGAGCCAACCUAUUAGAAAUACAGGCAAAAAUGAAACUAAGUGAGCAACAACUGGCAUCUCUCUCAAGUCCAAAGGCUGUGAACCAAUAUCUUGAGCAUCAGAAGGAAAAUAUAACAAAUUUGAUAAAACAGAAUCUGGCAGUGGGUGAUAUAUAUAGGCGUGAAAAUCUGCAGUUUGCUACCGAGGAUCUCGUCAAAGAGGUUGAGAAUUCCAUUGCUGAAUUCAAACGUCAAAAUCAAGAAUAUGAUGAGGAAUGGGUGAAGGAUCAGGGAUAG